GCAUUUACGCUUGUGAUUUCCUUUGUGCUCAUGAGAUUCUGAAAGCUUCUCGAGAGUGAGUGAGUGAGAGAGAGAUUUUGUAGUUUAUUGUAGUUAAAUUGUUAUUGCCUGUCUGUUAUGUUUGUCACGUGAGUGUAUGCUCUGGCAAUGUAAGUGAAUUGAACUGAAUUGAGAGAGAGAGUAGAAAACGAGAGCGAGUGAGAAACUGAGAGCCAGAGUGAGAGAUAAAGAGGAAGUGUCUGUAACCCGACGGUAAUGACGGACGCGCUGACGGAGGUGGCGGGGUGUAUAUAUUAAAACUGUGCGGACACCGUCUGUCACACUCAAAAGUGUUAGCGUCUGCACACCCGCCGCGCACACACGCAACCUGCCGCACGCUCCCGCUACCCGUCGCCGGCGACAGACAGAAAGACAGAGGAGUUAGCGCAGAGGCGUUCGGUCUCUUCCAUCCUGGGCUCUUCUGCUCUCGUCCUGAACAGAUAAGGAUGCCCGCGUGGGCGGACGGCGCGUAGCGCGGGCCCCAUCUUCACCGCUCAGCCUCUCAGACAGUUUGCGCUUUUUUUUUUCUUUUGAUCCUUUCCGUUACCCGCAGCGUGAGAGUUUCUCACCUCCUUCUCUCUCUCUCCGUCUCUCUCUCCCUCUCUCAUUCUGUCACUCUCACUCUCUCGCCCGCGUGGUCGCCCGUCGUCUUUGGAGCCCCUCGAGAGUCUCGUCCGAGCAGAGAGAUCCCGUCGCUCCGCCGACCGCCUCGCUCUCUGUCUCCGUGACGACCCCUGACCCUUCGUCCCCGCGCCGCGCCGCUCCUCGUCCUCUGUCUCCGUGGCGACCCCUCAGCCUCCGCCCCCCGUGCCUCCCCGCGGAGCGGCGCCCGCCAUGCGUUCCUCCGACGCCGCCGAGGCCGGGAUGGUGUACCCCUCGCUGUUCGUGGUGGACGGCCAGGCGGGGUACCCCCUGCCCAGCAGACCGUACCCCCGCCGGGGUGGCCCUCCCCAGUGGCCCCUGUACCUCCUGAUGUCCCUGGCACUGUGUGGCAUGGCUGUGGAAGCCUGCUUCAUAUACCACCUGUACACCACCACCAGACCUCCGAGUGAUGUUGGACAGAUGGCCAAAAUUUCACAGGACCGAGCUGAGACUGAAAGUCUGCCAGCAAGACGAAUUGACCCGGCGAUGAAGCCAUCGAAACCUACAGCACACCUGACAGGGGGGCGCAUCCGCCCUCGUGCUGAUGGAAUCAUGCUGUGGAACACAGAAGGUGGCGCCAUCACCCACGAGCUGGACUACAGGGACGGUGGCCUGCAGGUCCAAAAGGAGGGGUUCUACUUUGUCUACUCCAAGGUCUACUUCAUAGAGCCCAGAUGUGACAUGUUCACGCAUUCGGUGUUGCGGAGAACAUCGCGGUACCUAGGGGCCGAUCUGCAGCUCAUGGAGUCCAGAAGGUACCAUUGUACCGGGUCCACCAAGGAACUACUGAGCAGCUACCUGGGUGGCGUUUUCCACCUGGUCAAAGGUGACACCAUCCUGGUUAAAGCACAGAACCACACGCUGAUCACCCGUCAAGGCCCCUAUGACAACUUCUUUGGAGCGUACAUGAUUUAGGAAGGAGCUGAGUUAUGCAAAUCACGAAAGCCAAGCCCUGAAUUCGACCAGUUGCACGUUACGCUGUCGCAUCAUUGAAGCAAAUUCAUAUCAGACAGCAUGCUGCACACCACCAAACCAAAUAUAAUAAUGUCAUACAUUGUUACAAUUUUUCUAAAGAUGAAAUUUGACACAAAAUCACAUUGCUUCAAAAUUAAAUAUUUCCAUAAGGAAAACAAUUUUUUAAAAAUUUGGUGGGGUGUCUGGGUAGUGUAGAGGUAAAAGCACUCGCCUACCACCGCGGAGACCCGGGUUCAAUCCCCGGCAGCGGUACUUCCGGCUUGGUCAGACAUUCCUACGAACACAAUUGGCAGUGUUCGCUGUGAAGUUCGCCAGAAGUAACUGGCGACUUCACGUGUAUCGGAGGAGGCAUGUGGUAGUCUACACCCUCCCCAAACCAACAGAAGGACAGUGCAUCGACCAGGAGCGUGAUACACAUGGGGAAUUGGUAUAACGACUAAAUUGGGCAGAAAAUGGGAGAACAGUGGCAAAAAAUAAAAUCAGUCAACAAAUGAACCUUAACAUACGUAACAAAAUAAGCACACACACACACACACACACCCUGUGCUCAUUUUUAGAGCUGUGUGUCAUUCCACAUUCAGACUGUGCUCCCUCUCCUUGGAUAAGUUCUGUUUUUCUUUGUUAUAUAAUUGUUUUCUUAUUGUUUUUGUUCUUCUACUUAUUAUUAUUAUUAUGACCCAGAAACAGGAAUAAGGGGGAAAUAUUUGCAAAUCCUCAUUUGAAUGUAUUAGUUGCUGAGAUCUAUGUGAUUGGGGGCAGUUUGAAUGUGAACAACCUUUUAUUCCCUUAUAUUUUCUCAUCUAGUUCAGUUAACCGUAAAAAAAGCUAUUGUAAUGAUAAAGAAAUGCGCCUUUCAAAGGUACCUGCUAUUCAAGCUUCUCAGGAAGGCCAAACACUGGUAAGAGAAAUGAAACAUGGCAGAUUCCCAAUGUAAGAUAACGUAAGUGAAAAUGAGGAAAUAUGGGUCCCUGGACAAAGGUGAAAUCCUGCUCCAGUUCAGCACUGUGACACCUCCAGGACCAAGGCUGAGUGGCCCUGCAGGUAUGGUGGCACUCAAGGAUCAAAUUAAGAUAACACAUUGCUAAAAUGUUACAAACAAGCAGUGUGACUGUAGUACAUACUGUGUAUAAUAUAUUUUUUACUUAUACUAGAUUUUGUUCAUAUGUGCAAAUACAAUUGAUUAAUCCUUAAUAAAAAGUUAUUUACAAAAUGA